CUCCGCAUCUCACAACUCCUCCACAUUACAAACUUUAAAUUAUUCUUAGCGUGUGCACCUAUCACGAUGCAUGUGCCGACGACGACUAUUGAUACAGGUGCAACCUCAGGUGCCUUGGAGCCAGAAGCCAGGCUCGCCGGCCCCGCUGACAAUGCCUCUCUCGUGCGCCCGCCAAGUGCAAUUCUACCGCCAGCUGAGUAUAGGUAGGUUUCACCACUUGACGGCCGAUGGUGAAAAAUAAAGAUACUUUGAAGGCUUUUCACCAAUAUUGGCAUGUGGCGCAUGCUCAGCCCCGGUCAGCUAGGGCCCUGGUGUGCACCUUCCCGUCCACCACUCAGCGACGGGCAUUCUCGGACUUGAUCACCAAGAACGAGCUCGUAUUGAUCAGGCUGCCGUUCGACCUUCGGACUGCCUUUAAAACACCCCAUUGCGCACCGGAAAACCUCAUCAAUUCUUUUUCACCUUUAGUCUCUCGUUUUCAGGUCCACGCGGAUAAAGCAAUGGCUUGGGUCACAGUGCUGUUUUUAGCCGCUGUAUCGGCAGUGGCUGCCUUUCCACAACAAAGUAAGCCUGAUUCUGUUUCGCCAUCCCAGGCCGCUUAUCCGUAGAUAGCUCCAUAUUCCAAUACGACAUUUUCGCCCUCUAGCUCUGCUCUUGCUACGACAACGCCGGCAGCACAAUGCAGUCCCAGUUGCUUCGCGACUCCUCCCGGAUUCGUGGGACAGUCAUGGCUU